AUGGCAAGCUUUAUUGGGCGAAAGACCAGUCUCUACAUAGCAGUUGUCCUGAUUUACGUCUCCAACGUCGUGAUGAUGACCACAGACACCAUAGGAGGUCUUUACGCUGGUCGUUUGAUCAUCGGAGUCGGAAAUGGGUUUCUUAUGACCUUUUCCCAGCUGUACAUUCAGGAAUGCGCACCAGCACGUUACCGAGGACUCAUGCUAGGCUGGUUCCAGUUCUGGACGUCGUUUGGCUCUCUUAUCGGGACUAUCGUCGAUAACUUUACGUCAAAGUAUGCCGACAAGGAUAGCUACAUCAUCCCGCUUGGCCUAAUAUUCAUCAUCCCCGCCAUCCUGGUCGCCGGCAUGCUUUUCAUUCCAGAAUCACCAAGAUGGCUGCUCCAGCACGACGAGGUUGAAAGGGCUCGAAAGGCAUUGGCUUGGCUGAGGCCAGACCAGGAGACUGCGGAUAAGGAGAUGGAAGAUAUUCAACAUGCUAUUGAGCUGGAGCGUAGCUUGGCUAGUGGCACAUCAGUUUGGGAUAUGUUCACCAAUCCCAUUGAUCGCCGUCGGACAAUUCUGGCUGUCGGUGCUGUCACCACCCAGGCUGCUUCUGGAGCUAUGUUUAUGAUCGCUUAUGGAACCUACUUCUUUGAAAUGGCUGGGGUCGGAGAUGCCUUCGAGAACAGCUGCAUUCUUACUGCAGUGGGCGUUGCGGCCAUUUUACUCAACAUUGCCGUCGUCACUCACAUAGGUCGUCGACGACUCUUCCUGACGGCUGGCCUUAUACUAUGUGGAUUUAGCCAACUCAUUGUUGCUAUCGUAUAUACGGUCAAACCAGGAACGACAGCCACAGGCAAGGCGAUUGUAGGGCUUUCUGUCAUUUUCAUCUGCGGCUACAAUGGCAUGGUGUCUACAUAUGCUUGGGUUUCGGGCGGAGAACUGCCAUCUCAGCGUCUUCGAUCUUAUACAUUCGGUCUUGCGGCGGCUAUUGGUUUCCUCGGAGCAUGGCUUACCACUUUCACUGCCCCUUACUUCAUUAACGUCGCAUCAUUGAACUGGGGUCCAAAGUACGGUUACAUCUGGUUCCCGUCUUGCCUCAUCGCUGCUGCGUUCAUUUACUUCUUCCUUCCAGAAGUCAAGGGACGUACUUUGGAAGAAAUCGAUGAGAUGUUUGAGCAACGAGUUCCGGCUCGGAAAUUCGCGUCCUACAAGUGCAUUGGUCCCGCGGCUCUCGAAGCAAGACGCAAGGACUCAGCCAGCACUACCGAGGAUGAAAAGAAGGCGAGGACUUCUGGAGACUCCGAGAAGGCUGCAGUGGAGACCAUUGAGAACAAAGCUUGA